CUAAGCAUUAAGCACCAACGAGUAAACCACUCUCUCCUACUAUCUUUUAAAUCCUUUUGUACCCUCAACUCCAUAAGCCACUAGUACCUCACAAUGCCCAUUGUAGCAACCUCUCUUCUCUUCUUUCUUCUUAAUUUAUGCCUCAGAGGCACUUAUGCUGACUAUGGAGGUGGUUGGCAAGGUGGUCAUGCCACAUUUUAUGGUGGAGGUGAUGCAUCUGGCACAAUGGGAGGGGCUUGUGGAUAUGGAAAUUUGUACAGCCAAGGGUAUGGCACUAACACUGCAGCACUCAGCACUGCUCUAUUCAACAAUGGCAUGAGUUGCGGGUCUUGCUAUGAGAUGAAAUGUGACACUGACCCCAAAUGGUGCCUCCCCGGUAGCAUAAUCGUUACUGCCACAAACUUCUGCCCCCCUAACUUUGCAUUGGCUAACAACAAUGGUGGCUGGUGCAACCCUCCUUUGCAACACUUUGAUCUUGCUGAGCCUGCUUUCUUGCAAAUUGCUCAAUACAAAGCUGGAAUUGUUCCAGUUUCCUUCAGAAGAGUCUCCUGUGUGAAGAAAGGAGGGAUCAGGUUCACCAUCAAUGGUCACUCUUACUUCAACUUGGUUCUCAUCACAAAUGUUGGUGGAGCUGGAGAUGUUCAUUCUGUGUCCAUCAAAGGGUCUAGAACUGGGUGGCAAACCAUGUCUAGAAACUGGGGGCAGAAUUGGCAAAGCAACUCCUACCUGAAUGGCCAAAGCCUCUCUUUUCAGGUCACUACAAGUGAUGGCAGGACUCUCACUAGCAACAACAUUGUGCCUGCUAACUGGCAAUUUGGACAAACAUUUGAAGGGGCACAGUUCUAGGAACCUUAAUGAUUUUUAAGUACACAUUAAUUUGUGUGUAAUAUAUGAUGGCAUUGUUCACUAGUUUUUGUUAUAGUUGGAAAGGGUGGGGAAAGAGAAGAAACGAAGGUAGAUUAGGAGGAGUUUCUGGCCAACAUGGCCCCUAAUGCUGUGGUGGCUAUAUGGCACCCGCUAGGCCUAAUAUAAUAUAUAGUCUUUUAUUUUAUAUCUAUCAUCUCAUUGAUAAAUGCCUUUUGAUGAAGUAAAAGGUGUUGAUGAUCUCAAUUGCCUUGUAUAUUUGAUCCCCCACAAUAUAUGGUACAAAAACCAAUUUGGGGGCGAUUUAAUAUCAAGUUGAUUAUGCUUUUUGAUUACAA